ACUCAGACCAUUUCAAACACAGAAGAAGAGACGUUCUUGCCACUCUCUUGUCUCUUUCAAAACGAAGAAUAUUCAAAUGCGCAUUGCUUCACCGCCAUUGAACAAACUUACCCAGUACUUGUUUGUCUUGUUUCUUUGAUUAUUUUUCGUUUUUGGCCAAAAUGACUUCGAGAGAAGAGGCCGGAGAUGAUGGAGUAAGGAAACCGUUGCUGCACACAGGAAGUUGGUAUAGAAUGAGUUCGAGGCAGUCCAGUAUGAUGGGCUCUUCUUCUCAGUACAUUCGUGAUGGCGCUGUUUCUGUUGUCCUCUGCGUCCUUAUCGUUGCUCUGGGUCCAAUCCAAUUUGGUUUCACCUGCGGAUAUUCUUCGCCUACACAAGCAGAAAUCAUUAGGGAUCUUAAUCUCUCAAUUUCGGAGUUCUCUUUGUUUGGUUCUUUGUCAAAUGUUGGUGCUAUGGUCGGAGCUAUUGCUAGUGGUCAGAUGGCAGAGUACAUUGGCCGCAAGGGGUCACUGAUGGUUGCUGCUAUUCCUAAUAUAAUUGGAUGGCUAAGCAUAUCAUUUGCGAAAGAUUCUUCAUUUUUAUUCAUGGGAAGGUUGUUGGAAGGAUUUGGUGUCGGUAUAAUAUCAUACACGGUACCAGUAUAUAUAGCUGAAAUUGCACCUCAGAACAGGAGAGGAAGCCUUGGAUCAGUUAAUCAGCUCUCUGUUACUCUGGGGAUAAUGCUCGCAUAUCUGUUAGGACUUUUUGUACACUGGAGAUUGCUUGCAGUUUUAGGAAUUUUGCCUUGCACAAUUUUAAUACCCGGCUUGUUUUUCAUACCAGAGUCUCCUCGAUGGCUGGCCAAAAUGGGAAUGACAGAAGAUUUUGAAGCGUCUUUGCAAGUUUUACGGGGAUUCGAUACAGACAUUUCUGCUGAAGUGAACGAAAUCAAGAGAUCUGUAGCAUCAUCAACAAAAAGAUCAACGGUUCGAUUCGCAGAUCUCAGGCGAAGAAGAUAUUGGUUCCCAUUGAUGGUGGGAAUUGGAUUACUUAUGCUCCAGCAACUCAGCGGUAUCAAUGGGAUUUUAUUCUAUUCCAGCAACAUCUUCGAAAGUGCUGGGCUUUCCUCGGGUAAUCUUGCUACAGUUGGACUUGGGGUUAUUCAGGUUCUGGCCACUGGGGUAACUACAUGGUUGGUGGAUAAAGCUGGGCGCAGGCUUCUCUUGAUUGUAUCUACAUCUGGAAUAACUGUUAGCCUGCUUCUUGUUGCAGUUGCCUUUUAUUUAGAGGGCAAUGUUUCGAAAGAUUCCCAUUUAUAUGGCAUAAUGGGAAUAUUGUCACUUGUGGGGCUCGUGGCUAUGAUAAUUUUCUUCUCUCUUGGUCUUGGAGCUAUUCCUUGGAUUAUAAUGUCUGAGAUACUCCCAGUGAAUAUUAAGGGCCUUGCGGGCAGUGUGGCAACACUGGCAAAUUGGCUAACCUCCUGGCUGGUCACUAUGACUGCAAACUUGUUGUUGAGUUGGAGUAGUGGAGGAACCUUUACUAUGUUCACACUGGUGUCUGCAUUUACAGUAGUUUUCGUGACUUUAUGGGUCCCUGAAACCAAAGGAAGAACUCUGGAAGAAAUCCAGUCAUCCUUCAGAUGAUACUAGUGUCUGUGUCUGCUCCUAGCGUGUGUAAUCUGAUUUCAAGUUUCAACUAUUUCCUGUCAUUCUUGCUCUUUUAUUUUAUUCAUUUUCUUCUUUGUAAAUGCUGAAAGUGAAUGAGAAAAAGAAAAAAGGAAGGAAGAAAGAAAGAAGGAAGAAGGGAAGAGGAAAAAAAAAAAAAAAAAAAAAAGGAACAAGAUUUCAUUUAAAUUCACUGAUCUUGUGUAUGAAUCAUGGAUUCAUGUAUUUGGCUUUGGAACUCUUUACAUUUGAAAUAUUGCAUUUUGAAUACAAGAAUUUGAAAUAAUAUGAUGAUUUGGUGUUAUUAACUAUA